AUGUCCUAUUUGGUCAUUACCGAGGCGUUCACUCAUUUCAUAUUCCUCAUGUCAUUCUUCGCUUUUCUACUCCAUCGGUUCGGAUUUCUUUCGAAUCAUGAAACAAGUAUUUCUCGUUGACUUUCAGGAUUCACAGAGCCAAAUUUAUCCGAUCAAAUAAAAUGAGAAAUCUUCAAAAGUGGAUGAUGAUAACGCAAAUCGCAAGUCUAGCCCUUUUUGCUCUGUGCAUAAUGAUUCCAGUUUGUGGCGUUUUUUCCGUAAUUUCGUUUGGAUCGCGGGAAAUUGUUAGGUAAGUCUUUUCUCUGGUUUCUUCGUGGAAUGUUUCCAGACUCUCCAAAUCAAAAAAAAAUCUCAUUUAGUAGCUUUACCGAUUUUCAGGCAACCAUACACUUUGAUAUUCCUCGCAAGCCCCGUCACAAUACUUUGUCCAGCGCUUUGUAUUUUACAAAUAUUGAUGAUGAAGCCUUAUCGAGAGGCUGUCUUUGCUCUUCUCUUUUGCAAAAGAAAACCUCUACCCAGCGUCAAAUGGGCCAGCUUCAGGUCACGCCUCAUCUUUUUCGAAUGA